CAGUUUGGACAUCUAAUAAUUACUUUUUGAAUUUAAGUAACAAGUAUUGUGUGUUAAAUAAUAAUUAAAGAGAAAACUUAACUAUCAUUUCAACUAAUUAAUCCUCUUAGUUAUCUAAUUUAAUUCGAGUUAUGGUAACUAGUGGCUAAAUUAAAUUAGUGUUUUGCUUCUGUUUUAGACUAAAUAAAAUUAAUGGAUUUGAUAAACUUGGCUUGGUCCAACUGGGUUUAAUUUUGACAUUUGACUGUACAUAGUUAUAGGUGAGCAUUUUCUUUGAACAAAUCAUGAAAUUAGGUUCAACUUGCUUAUCUUUAUUAGGCAAACACUUGGAGUUAGGUUCCACUCGAUUUAAAUUAUUCUUCUUUAAAAGAAAAGUAAAAGUUUGUUGAAGUGCUACAAUAAAUGCACCCAUACCCAUUCUUUGAUGGCAAAGGUCUCUAAAAUAGAAUGAUUAGUACCAGUGACAAACUGAAAAUAACCACUCAACCUAAAGCCGUGUGGGUACCUAAUUGGUGAAACUUCAUCCAUAAUGUCAUCCCAUAUAUAUCCCACUACCUCAAACUCUCAUCUAUCCCAAUUCAAUACUAUUGAAUUCUCCACAUUUUGAUACAAAAUCAACCCAGGCAGCCAAGUUCUAAUGGGCAGUCAGUACAAUUCAUGUAACGUAAGGUGUAAAAUUUAUGAACCAAGGUUUAUAAUUUAAUGAAUGCCAGCUAAACUGAACCAGUAACUCCUUGUAGCUUGAGGGUUCCACCACAUACACAGACACACAAGAGCCAGAAUGAUUAGACUUUAUCUCCAUAUAGCUGGUUUAAACCUGUCUCUCGACCCACGCCAAUGCUAAGUUCAAAGGUUAGCACCUUGUGCCCACACUGGCUGUCACGUGAACUUCACAAGGCUACAUUCUGAAUGUGAGGUGCUGAGCCGAACUGAAGAAUUAUUAUUAAUGCUGGUGUUGUUGGGUUAAUGCUGUCUAAGUUCAUUCUACUCUCUUUCUAACAUUAUUGGACUACAAUUGUAGAACUCAACCCCGACAAAAAGAAUCGUUAUUAUAAGUAAAUAGGGGAGAAGUUAGGUUGUGUUUCAAUUUUAGCUUUGAGUAUCUUGUAUAAUGGAAGAAGAAGAUGAAGAGAAUGUUUCGGAUACCUAUUAUUUUGGAGGUUCUUGAAUGAUAGAGUUCAUGCAUCAUGAUAUGUUUGACGGACUUCUGCCGACAUCUUAGACAUGUUUAUCAACCAAAUCAUGUGCAAAAUACCAUUAUGUCUUUAUAUAAAUAUUACCAUUUUCUAUAUGUCCAAGUGUACUUAGCAGUUUGCGGACAUUUUCGUUUUCUCUUUCUUCUUCUUCUUCUUCUUCCUUUUGUUUUGUUUGUUUACUUUACCAGCACAUUGCUGUUAUCAGUGUGGUUUAGAUAAGACUUGAUGUACGUAUUCGGUGAAUAACAUCAUAAGAUUGGUUAAAAAGAUUAUUAGGACAUAUAUACAGUAAAUGGAACUCAAAAACUCUUUAUAAAUUGUUCGAAUCCUAAAAAAUUCCAUUAGCUUGCUGAUGAUGUUUGUCUCCAACUGUUAAAGUUGGUUUUGUUCCACUAGUGUGCAUGGGUUCAAACCUUCCUUUUCUUCAAGGAGAAAAAAAUAGGCUCAAAUCAAUAUGGAUCACCGUUGGCAUAAUAUCUUACUAUGGUAUUACUCAAAUGUGAAUUUACAACUGUGGAGCUUACCAUCAAAUAGUUAAGGAAUUUGGAUGUACCCAACCGUAUAGCUAGUUACAAGAUAUCCAUGAGGCUUUCUAAAUUUUGAAAAACCUGUAACUUGGUUUCGAACUCGUAUUUAUGAAACUUCCACAUCGAAUUAAAAUGCCAUUUACUUAGAGAAGUAUCUUUUUUAUUGUUAUUUCUUUUGGUGAAAAUCAAAGUAUCAAUUAGUAUUGGAGUUGGUUUCAUCAAUUCAAAUAUAUAUAUGGUUUCAUGAAAUCAGAAAUUAUAACGAGGAGAAUUAAGAGAAGAGAGGUUGAGGUUGUUGAUGUAGGGACACAGAUAAAGAAAAAGAGGUGAAGAGUAAAGAGUAGGAACAGAAAUAGAGAAGCAAGGCCGGGCUAAGCGGUCUUAUCACGUUGGUGCACCCUUUUCUCAUCUGUCUGUAUCAGUGCCAGGCUUUUUCCCGACCCAACUUCCAUGCUGUCCCUAACUUACUCUCUUCCUUAGGACAUCGCCCAGUUUCGUCUGUCUCCUUCUCUCUCUCUUUCCUUUCCCACUUAUAUGUCUGUAUAUAAAUAUAUGCUUCAGUCCUAGGCAAGAAACUGCAUUCACUUUUAAGACUCUCUAGUUAUUUCGUUCAUAUUUGAUUAAUCUUCUCAACAUUGCGUUUGUGUUCUUUGCAUGCUUUGGUUAAUCUAUGGAGCUUCAGCUGGGUCUUUCCCUCUCAACAAAUAAUUUCGAGUCAAAAGGGAUGAUGGGCUUCAAAUUAUGGAGAAAUGACGAAUGCUUAUUGGACAAAAAGAAACGUAGCUUCGAAGAUGCCUUUGUGAAGAACACUAAUUAUAACAAGGGAAAAGAAACUAGUCUCCCUUUGCUUUCAUGGAGUGGUCAGCCUAAUGACGAAGAUGAUGAUGAGCAGAGGAAAAGGAAGAGACUUUCCUGCCCUAUUGAUGAGAAUGAUGGAGUAGUAGCAGAGGAAGAAGAACAAGUAGUGGGGUGGCCACCCAUUAAAUCAUGGAGAAAGAAACUGCUGCACCACCAGCAACAUGGUGGCCGUCCUACUGUCAAGAAUCGAGUUGCUGCUGCUGCAAGUGCUGGAAAUGAAAAUAAUCAGAUGAAUGGCGGGUCAAAUUACAAAUAUGUCAAGGUGAAGAUGGAAGGAGUUGCAAUAGCAAGAAAGAUUGAUCUGAGGCUUUUCCAUUCUUAUCAAACACUUACAAACUUCUUGAUCAGUAUGUUUGGUAAAUGUGAGAAAGGAGAUGAUGAUAGCACUACAAAUUAUACUCUGACAUACCAAGAUAAAGAUGGAGACUGGCUACUUGCAGGAGAUGUUCCGUGGCAGACUUUCAUGGAAUCAGUGCAGCGUCUGGAGUUAGUGAGGAAUGGAGGGUGAAAUCAUCAUCAAGUAAUUAGUUAAUGUCUGUCUUCCCUUUUAUAAUUGUAAAAGAAGUUGUAUGGAAUUUGCUUAAAUAAGUAGUUGUAGGGUGAAAGCUGUGAAGAAAUGCAUUAAUUAGAGUGAAAUAUAUAUUGUUAAAUUAAGAUCUUUUUGUGAUAUAGAAUGUAAUGUAAUAUAAGUAGCUUAAUUUCUUUA